UUUUGCGGCGGUGGCGGCGGCCAGAGAGCGAGAGUACGAAGUGCGGCAACCCGAGUCAUGGCAGGACAGGCAUUUAGAAAGUUUCUUCCCCUCUUUGACCGAGUAUUAGUUGAAAGAAGUGCACCCGAAGUUGUAACCAAAGGAGGCAUUAUGCUUCCAGAAAAAUCGCAAGGAAAAGUAUUGCAAGCAACGGUAGUAGCUGUUGGAUCGGGCUCUAAAGGAAAAGGUGGAGAGAUUCAACCAGUUAGUGUGAAAGUUGGAGAUAAAGUUCUUCUCCCAGAAUAUGGAGGCACCAAAGUAGUUCUAGAGGACAAGGAUUAUUUCUUAUUUAGAGAUGGUGACAUUCUUGGAAAAUAUGUCGACUAAAAUAAGUCACUAUUGAAAUGGCAUCACGUGAAGCUGCCCGUUCCCCCAAUGGCAUCAUGUGAAGCUGCCACUGAAGUUCUGAAAUCUUUCAUCCUGUAAAUAAUUUCCGUGUUUCUUUUAUAAUAAAGUAAUGAUAUCCAAACUAAAAAAAAAAA